AUGGCCUACAUACGUGCUUAUCCACGAUCAUCAAUAAGACAUGUAUCUCGUGAAAUUGGUGUAUCAGUUGGUGCAGUACAUAAAAUUUUGAAAAAAAACAAAAUGCACGCAUAUAAACCCGAGUUUGUUCAACAUUUACGAAUCGGAGAUUCUGAACGUAGAUUACAAUUUUUGUCAUGGUUUAGCGUUCAAUUUGAAAUCGACAAUUUAUUUUAUAAAAAUAUUUUGUGGACUGAUGAAUCUAAAUUCACAAACAAUGGUGUAAUGAACAAACAAAACAAUAGGUUUUGGGACGAUACAAAUCCACACUGGUCCCGAGAAACUAACUUUCAGACAGUUUGGGGUAUAAAUGUGUGGUGUGGAUUAAUUGGUGGAAUACUUUUAGGUCCUUAUUUUUACGAUGGAACACUUUCAGGUAGAAGAAUACUAGAUUUUCUUGUUAAUCAAUUACCGUUACUGCUAGAAGAUGUUUCAUUAGCCACGCGGGAAAAUAUGUAUUUUCAACUGGACGGUGCACCAGCACACAACGCCAUCAUUGUUAAAAAUUAUUUAAAUGAAAUUUUUCCUAACCGAUGGAUUGGUACCAAUGGAGUAAUUCCAUGGCCAGCAAGAUCUCCAGACUCGACCCCAUUGGAUUUUUUUUUAUGGGGGCAUUUAAAAAAUGUUGUAUAUGCAGAUCCACCUAUUAAUCUCCAAGAUUUAAAAAACAAAAUACGACUGGCUUGUAGUAAUUUGAGAAGAGAACAAAUAAACGCUGCCACAUCAACGGAAUUAUUAAAACGUUUGGAAUCAUGUUUGGAACAUCAAGGUGGAAACUUCGAACAAUUUAUUAGAUAG